AUGCACCGCUUAGUAUCACAUUCUAAAUUCAAAUGUGCCCGCCGUCUGCGAGCUACAAAGCAACAAAAUGCAGUGUCAAACUUGCAUAAGAAUGCCUCUCGACAAUUCUCACAAGCGUCGCCACUUCGAGGGGAAGAUGCUAGCAAAGUAACGAAAGACCUUGAGGAUCAAGCUUCAAUCGAAGCUCAGAUAUUGAAGCAAGCCUCCAAGAAUGAUUCCGAAAAGAAAGAAGUAGAAAAGGAACUAGGGGCGAUGUCAAGGCGUCUCUUGGAAGCUACUGAAGAUGCUCUGUUGGAAGGUGGUCGAGCCGGACGAAAAGCUGUGGAAGAGGCAGGCUUCUCCGAAGAGUUGAAGGCAAGAUUACUUGAAAGAGUAGAAGCUUCAAAAUUCAAAUCGGAGAAUGUCUCUGCCUUUACGGAAGCAAGCUUUGCAUCCAAUAUUGGUCGUGGGUCUCGGGAUAUUGCCACAGGGCAAGCAUGGACCGGGCAAGAAGCAGCUGAGGAUACGGUUCUGCGAAUGUUGAAUGAUGCUAGAAAACCUCUCAAUCCUGGUUUACGAGGGCCGGGAAAGAUCCCAUCGCCAGUUGUGGAUUUGAGAUUGAAGAAACAGCCUAAACUGAGGCCCGGCGAAAGGUUGGCAAAUGCGAGGGAUAAAACGUCAAUUUAUGCCAUUUCCAAGGAUAGCCAAAUGAGCGAGCGAGAGAGGGAGGAGUUCAGAAAGGAGCUCAAAGAAAGAUUUUCGCCUGGUGCGAGACCCAUGCCGAAUUCAUUUAGAGGUUUGGCUGCUUUGGCCAAUGAGAGAAUUGAAGAUGCCAUUGCUCGUGGUCAGUUCAAGAAUAUUCCCAGGGGAAAGGCAAUAGAAAGAGAUGCGAGAGCCGACAAUCCAUUUAUUGAUACAACCGAAUACAUCAUGAACAAGAUGAUACAGCGACAAGAUAUUGUGCCACCAUGGAUAGAGAAACAACAAGAGCUCGUCAAAACUGCAAAUAUUUUCAGGACCAGAUUGCGGAAUGACUGGAAACGACAUGCUGCAAGAACAAUUGCAAGUCGAGGUGGUACUUUGCAGGAGCAAAUGAGAACUGCAGAGAUAUAUGCACAAUCUGAAGCCGUUCAUAACCCGAAGAAGCGAGCCGUGGAGCAAAUAUCUGUUCCUACAAAUGCUACAGACGAUCCAGUCAUGGUGAAAAUUAUACAAGAAGUUCCAUCUUCGUCUACUGGAGACCCAGUCAUUCAAAUCCUAGCGGAAACGAAAGAGAAUGAAAUUGACAUUGGAAAAAUUAGUCCUCUUGAGACGAACAGACAGCCAGCUUCUGAACAAGCACCUGCAGCGCUUCCACCACCAUUCCGAAUACCAUCCUGGGAGGAAGCCGAACAAUCAUAUCUCAAGUUGGCCAUCACCGAUCUCAAUAGUAAAACGAGAUCUUACAAUCUCAUGGCACCAGAUCUUGCGAAGAAGCCGUACUUUUCACUAGAACGUGAACUAAAAUCUUGUUAUGCAGAUGUUGCACCCCAACUAGCUGCCGCUAUCAAAGAAAGGGCGACUAGGCCAGCCAAGGAACUAGUUGAAAAGAUUGGACAUCGUCCUGGUGGUAUUAUGGAACGAUUCGGAUCGGACAAAGUUAAUGUCUAUGAUUCUAAGAGACCCUUAUAUGGUUUCAAGGAAUUCUGGAAUGAUUUGUUUGGAGAGAAACAGGCAUAA